CUAUCCAAUUCUUGUUUUUUUCUUUAUAUCUGUUGAGGUUGCUUGUAUCAUCAAAGAAGUGUUCAAAGCAUCAUUAAAAUCCCAAAAUAAAAAACACCAUUCAUGCCAGUUAUUACUAUUUGUUUAAACAUCUAUUCUUUGUAUUGUGUUUGUAUAAAUUGUUGUAUCAGUGUUUGUGCCAUUAGUGCUCCUAAUGGCUCUAUAGUGAGUUGGAACCCAAGUAAAAGUAUGCAACACAUUGCGAAAUAAUUAAAGGCCGGCUUUUGUCUUUUUUGUUUUUGUUUUGUCUGCCUCUCCCUUUUUGUUCUUUCCUUCCUGCUUCCUUUCACCAGUCUACAUCCAGUUUACCAUCAACAUGAGCAAUUACAGAUUGUUUAAUAGAAACGGCCACUGGAAAUCAGGCCCUGACUUUUUGCUUUCUUUUUCUUUUUUCCCUGAGAAGAGGAGGUUUCUGAUAGCUGGUUUAGCUGAUGGGGCUAAACGUAAAGGCUGACUAUUAGCUCCGGCCUAGACUAAUCAAUGACUUCUGUUGUGCAGUGUGUGAGUGUGUUUGUUUAGUCCAGAGAGGCAGGCUCACCACUUUUGUUGCUGUUAAACUCUCACACGGAGGGCUUUGGGUCUGAUGGGUUCCCAAUCCCAGCGUCACCCGUAGCUUUUUGGGCUGUUAGGUUCUAUUUGAAUUCGUCCUUGGAUUGUUCUGAAACAGCGGCGCAGCUCACAAUGAACACAAGUUGGAGCAACAGUUCAUCUCUGCAGUGAUAUAGCCUGCAGCAAUAGGUGGAACAAUGCAGAUUACAACAGCUGCAUGGAUGAGCCGUUGUAGCUUGGUAAACCCUGGGAAUGCCAUUAAAUCGUGCAGAAGUGGGCCACGCAGAAAGAGGCUGAUGAUGCUGAUGUGGAUUAUGCUCUCCGGCUCCCUGUGCCUGAUGGUUGACGGCCAGAUGAAGAUCCCACCAGAAACCGUGCAGCAGUGGGCUGUUACCUUCGGAAAAGAAAUCGCUGCUUUGUCCAACAAAUACUCUGGAGCUAAACUUUUACAGAAGAAAUACAAAGAUGUGGAGGGAGUGGUGAAGAUGGAGGAGGUGAACGGCGAAGAGCUGGUGAAGAAGUUUGCAGAGGAAAUGGAGGAGAUGCUCGGGAGGAAAAUGAAAUCAGUGAAGAGAUUAGCAGAAGCGGCAGAAGAUGCAGAUCUUGGCCACGAGUACAAUGAAACACUCGAGUUUGACUACUUUAACUCCUUGUUGAUCAACACUGUGGACGAAGAGGGGAAUCCAGUACCACUUGGUGGAGAAUUCCUCUUGGAGGAAAACGAACAUUUCAAUAAACUUCCAGUCAACACACAGCAGAGUAACAUACAAGUUCCAACCAAUGUUUACAAUCAAGACCCUGAUAUUGUGAAUGGGGUCUACAUGUCUGAGGCUCUGAAUGAUGUUUUUAUUGAUAAUUUCCAAAAGGAUCCAACUCUCACCUGGCAGUACUUUGGCAGCUCCACAGGCUUUUUCAGGCUCUACCCAGGAAUCCAGUGGAUUCCAGAUGAAAAUGGUGUGGUCACCUUUGACUGCAGAAACAGAAACUGGUACAUACAGGCAGCCACUUCUCCUAAAGACGUAAUAAUCGUGGUGGAUGUCAGUGGCAGCAUGAAGGGACUGAGACUGACAAUAGCCAAGCACACAAUUAAUACAAUCCUUGACACUCUGGGAGAAAACGACUUUGUGAACAUCAUAGCUUACAGUGACUAUGUUCGCUACGUGGAGCCCUGUUUCAAGGGCAUGCUGGUACAAGCUGAUCUGGAUAACAGAGAGCACUUCAAGCUUUUGGUGGAUGAGCUUCAAGUCAAAGGAGAGGGCAAAGUAAAAAAGGCAAUGAAGGAGUCUUUCAAGGUCCUUAAUGAGGCUGCUGCGCUGGGGCAGGGCAGUUUGUGCAACCAGGCCAUCAUGCUGAUAACAGACGGCGCCAUGGAGGAUUUCAAGGAUGUUUUUGAAGAGUUUAACUGGCCAGAGCGUCGGGUUCGAGUGUUCACUUAUCUCAUUGGGCGCGAGAUGACAUUUGCUGAAAAUGUUAAAUGGAUCGCCUGCAACAACAAAGGUUAUUACACACAUGUGUCCACUCUGGCUGAUGUUCAGGAAAAUGUAAUGGAGUACCUGCAUGUUCUCAGCCGACCAAUGGUUAUCAACCAUGACCAUGAUAUUAUCUGGACAGAGGCCUACAUGGACAGUGUGCUUCCCAAUAAAGAUGAGCUGUUUAACACUCAGGCACAGAGUUUGCUCCUGAUGACCUCAGUGGCCAUGCCUGUUUUCAGUAAGAAGGAAGAAACUCUGUCUCAUGGGAUUUUGCUGGGUGUGGUUGGAACAGAUGUGGCCUUGAGAGAAUUGAUGAAAUUAGCUCCAAGAUACAAGCUGGGUAUCCAUGGUUACGCCUUCCUCAUCACCAAUAAUGGUUACAUCCUGUCUCAUCCAGAACUACGACCUCUGUAUAAAGAGGGAAAGAAGCUGAAGCCUAAACCAAACUACAACAGUGUUGAUCUUUCAGAGGUGGAAUGGGAAGAUACUGAGGAAAAACUAAGGACAGCCAUGGUCAAAGGAGAAACUGGAACUUUGUCUUUAGAUGUGAGAUCUUCAGUGGAUAAAGGACGGAGAGUCAUCUUCUUGAAGAAUGAUUACUUUUACACUGUUAUAAAUGAGACACCAUUCAGUCUUGGUAUAGUCUUGAGUAGAGGGUAUGGAGAGUAUAUCUUUACAGGAAAUGUCUCAGUGGAUGAAGGUCUUCAUGACUUAAUCACUCCAGAUCUGACCCUGGCCGAUGAGUGGACCUAUUGUGAGAUAGAUAUCGACCCAGCGCACCGUAAACUGACCCAGCUGCAGGCUGUGAUAAAAUAUCUCAGUGGAAAGGAAAAAGAUCUGCGCUGUGAUAUAAAGUUGCUGCAACAGACUCUCUUUGAUGCUGUGGUUACAGCACCAAUGGAAGCAUACUGGACCGCUCUCAUGCUCAACUCAUCUGGUAUGGAUGACGGCAUUGAGACCGCUUUCUUGGGGACCCGGUCAGGCUUGCAGAGGUUCCUUAAGUACAGUGGUAUUGAAAAAAGAGUUGGCAAGUCUUUUCUGACCUCUACCGAUAAGGAGAAUAUGUUCACGCUGGACCAUUUCCCAGUGUGGUACCGCAGAGCAGCAGAGUAUCCAGCUGGACAGUUUUUGUACUACAUGCCCAGACAAGACACAAGAGAUAUAUUCAGGGACUAUGAGGCUGACUAUAGUGCCACCUACAGUUCAGAAGAGGUGGAACACCAUGUGGAGGAGCAGGCAGGAAGAAUUGUGAUUAGCUCCACUGCUGUGACAGUGACAGUGGGCAAGAAAACCACCAUCGCUGGAGCUGUUGGGGUUCAGAUGACACUGGAGCUGCUUGAAUCCAAGUUUAGAGCCAUUGCUGCACAGCCAAAUGACACAGAUUGCUCCUCCAUAGAAGGGGUUUGUCCUCUUCGCUGUGACAGUUUUGACAUUGAGUGCUACGUGAUUGACAAUAAUGGCUUUGUCCUAAUUUCUAAACAGCGCAGUGAUGCAGGAAGGUUCUUCGGUGAGACGGACGGGUCUGUGAUGACCUCGUUGAUUCAAAUGGGCAUGUUUAAGAGGGUGUCCUUGUUUGACUACCAGGCCAUGUGUAAGAUGAACCCUCACUCUGUCAGCAGCGCUCGUCCACUUCUCAGCUCAUUCUAUGCUCUGGCUUCAACCUUCAAGUGGUUCAUCUCUAACUUGCUACUGUUUCUACUGGAGUUCAAUUUCUGUAGCUUCUGGCACACAGAGCAUUUUGCUGAUGCAAAACCAUCCUUCAGCCGCUCCUACGCUCCGAAGAAAAAAUGGAACAUCUUGCAGCCAUGUGACACCGAGUACCCGAGCUUCAUUUACGAGCCGUCAGUCAAGGAGACCAACAGCAUUAUUAAGUGUGGACGGUGCCAGAAGAUGUUUGUAGUACAACAAGUACCAGAAAGCAACCUGCUGAUGUUGGUGGUACAAGGAGACUGUGACUGCUCCAGACAGUUCCCACCCAUCACCUUGGAGCCCAGGGAAGUCAAAUAUAACGCUUCAGUGAAGUGUGACAGGAUGAGGUCCCAGAAGAUCCGCAGACGCCCCGAGUCCUGCCACUCUUAUCACCCACAGGAGAACGCUAACGACUGUGGGGGGGCCUCUUUUCUACGUCUCUCAGGCCCUCUACUCUUCCUCUGCCUCUCCUGUGCUGCACUUGUUUCCUGAUGCCAGAAAACUUUGCUCUUUAUAAGUACACAACUUUAAAAGAACAAGACAGGUUUGCACACAAAUCACCUCAAGUGGACUUUUAAGGAAGCAGAUUCUACAUGUUUCGGCAGACUGCAAACCAAAUGAGCAGUUUAUAUGGAUUAUGAACACGUUUAACUGCUAAGAAGUAUAACCGCUAAAUGUAACCCUUUACUGCCUAAAUUUUACAGUCAUAUCAACAAAUAAAUGUUUCGCUGUCAAGCAGAGACCAAAUUAAGAAGUAGGAGAUGGUACAUUCGGGUUACAGCACUAAUGAUGGAUAUAAAUGUAGGUAUGAUGCAAAUAAGCGACACUAGGCUUACUUUGGCAUAAUAGUAUUUAAGCAAAAUUUUCCAUUGUCAUAUGUAGCUUAUUUAUUGCUGUUAAUUCUAAAGAUCAAGCUAUAUUUGAAAUAUGUAGCUAUGAAAUCCCAAUUGGAGAUCAUUUGCACUCUUAAUGGCAGAAAAGUAUUUCCAAAAUGAUUCUUGGUAUGUUUCAAGAGGUUGCAACUGUAAGGGGGAAAAAACAAACAAAAAAACAAAGGUAACAGACUGCUGUUUUCAUGAAUCUAACACAUGCUCAGCUGAACGUUGCAGAAAUAAGUACAUUUCUGCAUGUCACUGCUAGCAUGCACACUUCCUGUAAAAGAACACGUUAUUGUUAAUGUUUAAAGAAGAUAUUUGGCUUCUUCUUUGACUAUUAUUCACUGAGAAUAAAGAACUAUGAGCAGGCAAAUCUGUGUGCACAACACUUAAUAGAAAUCUGUGCAGAAGGCUAGAAUGGCUCAGUGCCUGGACAGCGGUAAAAAUGAGUUCUAUAAUAUAUAAUUAUACCUGAAAAGAACGUAUAUUUUACAAAGAUUUUUAAAAUAAAGUAUUUAAAAAAUGGACUCACCUGUUGAUAAAGAUUUCACCCUAAACAUGUAUUUCUAUUUACCUGUUUGUUUUCAUGAGCUGUGCCUUUCUGCCUUAUGUAAAUAUAAAAAAUACAUAUUAUGUGACUUUUCCCUGGGGUGUGUUAACCUUAACAAACAUGCAUAUACAUUUCAGAUAUAGAAAGUAAAACGAAAACUUUUCAUUUAAACCAUUACUCUUUGUAGAUUUUUGUGUGUUUUUCAUUUCAAAACCGUUUUGGUUGGGCUGACAAAUCAUUGUCCAUUUGAAACACGCUUUGUGUGGCUUUGCAUUACGGCAAUACGUUCUGUAAAGAGGUUAAACCAUCAUCUGUCUUGGUCUGUUUGUAAAGUCCUUUGAACAAUAAUUUUAAAUGAAAUUGUUAGCCACACUAACUGAAGCCAUGAUUUGUAUGCUAUUAACUAAAUUAAAUUGUUGUGGUUUUUGUA